UGGUCCUUCAGUAUUUUGGUGCUUUAAAUCCAAGCGACCAGAGUGUGUCUGUGUGUGCACCGAGCGUGUGCUGCUGCCGUGCUGCCCGUGCCCUGCGGAGCCGAGCGUGUUUGCAGAUGUAGUUUGGGAGAAUCGAUCCCAAAAUCUAUUUUUAAGGAAAAGUGAGCGUGGCGGGUGGGAGGUGAGGAGGUGGAAGGGAAGCUAAAUAUUCACGUAGCUGCACUGUGUGUUUAAGAGCAUCAUCUAAUAACGGGAGGAUCGUGGCAGCGAGGUGAGGGAGGCAGGAGCGUUCUCCGGAGCCCUCCCCAUCGUGCCAGGGCACGGAGCGGCUCCGGGAGGAGGCUGGCGCUUUAAACCUCGGCUGGCACCCGGCGGGUCACCGGAGCCGCUCUCCGCAUCGGCGGGCACGAACCUCGGCGGGGCGGAGAGCCCCGGGCAGCCCGAGCAUCCAGCGCCGCUGCCCGCGGACAUGUGAGAGCCGGAGCCGAGAAAAUCAACCGGACCCCUUCGGACGAGGAAUGCUUCUUUGACCUGUUGAGCAAGUUCCAGAGCAACCGGAUGGAUGAUCAGCGCUGCCCGCUGGAGGAGUGCCCGGGGGAGGCUGCGGAGGCGGCUGCCACGCGGGUGCCCGCCCUGGCAGAGCGGAUAUCACAGUCCACCCUGAUGGCAUCUCCGCAGACAGAGGAGUUCUUCGACCUCAUCGCCAGCUCCCAGAGCAGGCGCCUGGAUGACCAACGUGCCAACGUGGGCAACCUGCCCGGCCUGCGGAUAACCCACAACAACCUGGGCCACCUGCGUGUGGAGGGAGACGCCCAGGAGCCCGGGGACGAGUUCUUCAACAUGCUCAUGAAGUGUCAGUCCUCCAGGAUCGAUGACCAGCGCUGUGCCCCCCCAGACUCCAUCCCCCGUGGCCCCACCAUGCCUGAUGAAGACUUUUUCAGCCUCAUCCAGCGUGUCCAGGCCAAACGCAUGGACGAGCAGCGUGUGGAUUUGGCCUCAGCCCAGGAGGAGGCCGAGGAGGAGCAGCAGAGGCCUGGUUCCAGCUAAGAACUGGGCUUUGGUCUGGGGGGGUUGAUUCAGCUUUGUUUUUUAAAAAGGAAGAACAGAGUAGGUGGUUUCAAACCCGAGUGCUCCUGUGCUCCCAGUCUUGCACCUCCAUCAUGUUCCUAUGGGAGAGCCCAGUGGAUGGAGGACAGUUUUUAAAUAAGGGGUGUUUUUUAGGACACUCGGCCACUGUAACUCUGGGCACAGCACCUGGAAGACUUUAGCAGCCCCUUACUGAUCACCUAAAACCCCAGGAACUUGGAGGAGCGCCCACAGGGGGUAGCUAACUCCAUCCUUGAUUUCUUUUAUUUCCACAACACUUUUAUUUAAGCAGGGAAAGGGAAGAACACCUUUUCCAUUUUGUAGUCCUCCUGUUUUCCCUUACACCAAUGGUUCUGGAUUCUUCUCUGGAAUAUCUUGUUCAGCUUUAUUCCUUCUGCAGGAGAAAAAGAGCCCAACUCAUUUAAACUUUAUCCAUCCCAGCUGCAUCGUGGUCCCACACACCUGAGUGUAUUUUAGGUUUGCUGAGGACUCUAAGGAGAGCCCUGGACAUUCUCUGCUUGCAGCUGCAGCCCUGCAGGACCUCCUGAGCAGGGGAAAAGCCUCACUGACCCUAAGCUUUAGUGGGAUUUGUUACCUCUGGAGUCCUGUGCAGCCCCAUGGCAGGGGGAAGGAGGAAAGAGGUCUCUGCCCGAGUUUUCAGCCCACGGCAAACAGGGACAGCUCCUGGUGCCACUGAGCCGAUGUGAGGUGUCCAAGACAGAACCUGUGUGUGACAGGGCCCUGCUUCAACAGCCAGCAAAGCUUUCUGCCCAUGGCUCAUCCCUCCUUCCUUCUGUGUCCAAGAGCAGCUCGGGCCAGUGGCCCUUCCCUCCUCCUGUUUCUCCCCAGGGCAGCACUGAGCUGCUCCCAGUGAGGCUCUCUGGUUGUGUCCCCCUGUCUCCAGCCCCUGGAGCCUCAGGAGAGCCCCAGCCUGGCGGGCUGGCAGGGAACUCACAUUUACUGUCAUUCCUUCCCCUUUUGGACCAGCUGGAAAAGCUGGAGGGGAGCAGGGACCUGACUUGAGGAGGUGCAGUAUUUUUCCAUUGCUUGACCAGAGGCUAUGCUGGACUUCAGCAACUCCAGUGCCGAGCUGUGCCGAAGCAGCGCCGCUCCUGCAGAGAAUAAAUCAGCACUUUGGAUUCCAAAUGCGUUUGAUGGAAACAUCCCCAGCCAGCAGGGAGCUAUUUUUCCACCAGUGAUGCUGCUCAUGGGCAUUUACCCUGCCUGCACUGACCAUGUGGAGCGGUGGCUGCAGUUUACCUGCUACCUGGGAGCACUCACCUGCUGCUUGGCCGAGCCUGGGCCUCCCUCCUGGGGUUGGGCAGAGCUCUGGAGAGGAGGAGCUGCCCAUCCCCUACCUACCAGCCAAGCUGACAUUUGUAGAAGAGAAAAACAUUCAUGAUGAUGACUUGACCACCUGCAGGCUCAGGCCUGUGCAGCUCUUAGGCAGGUGGUGAACUGGAACCUGACCAUUAAGCUUUCAGAGGUAUUAUUAAGGUAUUAUUUGCCAUAUACUUGAAUGUAUGAGCUUAUUUAUUUUUUACAUGUGCAUUUGCUAAUGUCAUUUUAAUGGGGAAUUUCCAACCCACAGGUACUUGGUUUUUUUUCUAAAAAAUAAUCUGCCAAAUGGAUUAAUAUAUUAGAAAUGAAUACAGCUCAAGGGGAAGGGGUGGGGGGAAUUGUGCUUAAUAAAUAUUUGUGUCUAAGCUUCAG